CCGAGCUUAAUCCCGCAGUUAUCUGCCCUCUCAACAUUCAUGGUGACCAUGACAACGAAAUCUAAAGCUAAUGGGCUUGCUGCACUGGCGUGCACAGAGUGUCGAAAACAGCAUCUCAAAUGCGAUGCUCGCAAUCCGACCUGCUCACGUUGUCUGCAGAACGGCUAUAUCUGCCAAUAUCUUCCCUCGCGACGAGGCGGCCGCAGGAAAGCCCGACAGACUACUUCCAGCCUUCCCAAUCAAUUGAACGCCAACACCGAUCAUGAUCUCAGCUCAAGGUCAAUGAAACAACGAGAAAGAGGACUCCAGAAGGAUCUUGGUUUACCUGUUCCUCUGCCUGAGCAGCCUGAUAGCACACCACUGCGUCACGCGCCACCUCCCACCAGUUUUUCUGCUGGCCAGGUCUCAUGGCCCGGGGUCCCUUCUAGGGACGACAUAAACGAAGAGCAACCAGACCAGAUUCGGGAAUUGAACCCACACGAUGAGCGCUUCGUUCGUCUCUAUUAUGAGAACUUUCAUGUCGCUCAUCCCAUCUUGGUCCCCAGCACCACGUAUCAUGACCGACAGUACCCCGAAUUCCUCCAAUUAGUGGUGAACUUUAUUGGAUCUCACUAUGUCCCGUCCAGCCCUAUCCUGCAGUACAGAGAGAAAGUGCUCACAGAACUGACCUGCAACCCAGACCGAUCGCCAUGCAUGGUUCAGGCUUGGUUGAUCUACUCAAUCGCUACCUACGCCCGUGGGGAGUGGCCGGGCGCGCAAGAUGCCCUCUCACAUAGCGUUGAGAUCGCUUUGGAGCUUGGCCUGAAUCACAAGGAGUUCGCCAUGUCGACGCAGCCGGAGAACAGUAUCGAAGCAGAAAGUCUGCGAAGGACAUGGUGGGAGUUGUAUAUUACUGAUAUCUUCAUGACAGCUUCGUCCAAAGGGAAUAGCUUUUUCUGCGGAACAAUGGCUUCGGAAAUUGCAUUGCCCUGCGAAGAGUCCGCAUACACCGGGGUUUGUGACAUCCCAGCACCCCAGACAAUGCUUGACUUUAAACGCAGAAUCUUCGCACCUGAAGAGACCGUCUUCUCCUCCUUCAGCUACCGUAUUGAGGCUGCCACAAUAUUGAGCCGAGUCCUUGUCUUGAAUCGGCUGCAAGACUACCAUCGGGAUCAUCUGCAAGCUGUCGAAAAUGCGCUUGUGAGUUGGGUCAACCACCUGCCCGCUAGAAAAUUGGACAUUGUCGAUUCAUACGGAAAUAUCGAUCAAAUGAUGUUCCAAGCUCAUAUGACGAUCGCAUACGCUAGUAUGCUAUUGCAUCUCCCACGAAGUGACCUUCAACGUGUGUUGCCACAAGCGGACGAACGAUUCUGGCCUGUUACCGCGCGCAACCUAUCAUCAACGUUCACCCGCCCAAUCCACAGCAUCAAGGCCAUUGAGGCUUCGCGACGGAUUUCAGACGCCGUUUCGAUCUGUCCGAAUGUCCCCAAACAUACUCCUUUCGUAAUUCCCGCAUUAGUGCUAUGUGGGAUGAUCCAGCUAGCCACAUCCAUCAAGCAUACGGAAGAGUGUUUUGAUCACCACUAUAAUCGAGUCAUUCUAAUUCUUGGAUGCUUGAAAAGUACGAAACGAAUAUGGAGUCUAGCUGAUGCUGCCUACGAUCGCUUGCGGACUUCUGCAGCAGAAGCCCUGUCGGAUUCCAUGGAGAGAUGGAGUACAGAACCACUGAGGAAUCUCAUGCCAACGUCGUCGACUUCCAGGGAUGAAGGACAGACGAAUAGGGCCGCACGCCCAGCGACAGCACUCUCAGAGGGACAAGAUAUAUCAUUUCCGCAAGUUGUGCCCGCCUUUAUUGACCCAACUUGCUAUAAUGAUUCGUUCUUUACCCCUAUUCCGGACUUUGAUAUAAAUUGAAUCAACGAUUUUCUGGAUAUCAGUAGGCAUAGUGAGAAAUAAUUUAUGCACAUUAUACAAAGAGCUCAUUCCUUUUUUGUCUAUUUCCAG